AACUAAGUUGGCUAGCUGCACGUAGGAGUGAAGUAAAUGGGUCAUCAUAACAGAACAGCUUCGAAAAUAACGCAGACUACGUGAAUUUUCAGUAGAUGUUGUGUUCAUAGCCCAGUGAAUCCUAGUGCACCAUACCACCUUCACUUUCGUGGUCAACUGCUACACAUUUUUAAGGUCGAAUAGGGUUAUCCUGUACGGUCACACCCACCUGUCUGAGUAAUCAUUAUCGUUUUCGAGCAGCAAGAGCCAGUCUGGGUUCAUCAACAGUUAAAGUUACAAUAAAAUCGCCUUACAUGAUAGGUUAGUGUUGGUUUACACUGUGUAUCAUUAAGACUUGUCGAUAGUUCACUUCGAAGUGUCAAUUGAAAAAAAAAAUAGAUAGCGGAAGAAUGUCCCAUUCAGUAACAAUAACCAGAACAACUACAACUACCUCAACUUCGGCAAUUCUAUUAAAUACAGGAUAUUUUAAAACAUGGCCUGGCAUAUUCAAAUUACUCCAAAUGGCUUUAGGAGCUGUGGUCGUUGGUCUAGUGAGUUAUUAUUAUAGUGAGCACCACUAUCGUUUUGCCGUAUCAUUUUUUUUGUUCAUCGCAGUUGCAUUUCUCAUUGGAACAUUUUUAAUAUUGCUUUCAUGUUUGAUAUCGAUAGCUACGGCAUCUGUACUACCUAAAACAGUUUAUGAAGGGACAUACCAUGGAUUCGCUUUCCUCCUUUAUAUGAUUGGUAGUUUACUCUUUAUACUUGAAGUUAAUCGUUAUUCAAAAUCAAGAUAUAGCAAUGAUUACGAAAGCUACCUUACAGCAGCAAUACUUGGAUUUGUCGUCACAGCCCUGUAUCUCUUCAGUUCAAUACAUGCUCUGAAGAUUUACAGAGGAUUGUAAAAAGAUCUAUUGAGGAUUAUCAAAUCAAGAUUCACUAAAUAACA